AUGCAGGACUCGAUGCUGUCAGAUAUGAAUCACAUUUGGUUCGUGAAGGUUAUCACCCCCAAGGUGCAAGGGACCAUCAACAUCGUCUCUACCCUAUGCCCCACCAGGUCUUAUCUGGAUUCCUUCAUCAUGUGCUCCUCGUCAGCGGGAGUCAUUGCCAACCGCGGCCAGGCCAAGUAUGCUGCCACCAACACCUUCCUGCAUGCUUUUGCGUGUCAACUGAUGACAGGAGGCUACCCGGCCACCUCGAUCAGUCUGGGAAGCGUGUUCAGUGUGGGUUGGAUCGUGGAGAACCAACUCAGACUCUCCAUCGCGCUCACCUACAGGGCCCUCUGGAAAGACCUUCUAUUCUCUAUCCUGGAAUAUCGUAUAAACCCUGCCUGGGGGGCGGCAGAGUACCCAGACCUGCCACACGGUGGUCGGGAUACGACCCGCGCGGGACUUUCAACGCCAGUCCAUCCCUCUGCCCGGGUUCAUCGCCCAUUCGUUAUACUCUCCGCGUUGGGCCAUUGCAGGCAGGUCCCAAUCAACCGAACAAGAGGUCGAGGCGACGGUAGACGUUGUGACGCGAGCCAUCGUCGAUAA